CACACCAAACAUAAACACAAAACACAACUUCUUUCUAGUGAUCAUCUCCUCCUUCCUUCCUUCCUUCUAUCAUAUUUUUCUUAGCUCUUUUUCUUCUUACUAGAAAAUGGGUUCUCUUGAGGGUUCUGCUCCCGUAGGAAGGACAACCGUGCACCGGUUGAUCGCCGAGGAAGGAUCCGUGUUGAUGCCCGGUAUCCAAGAUGCCUUCUCCGCCGCCAUUUGUGCCAAAACCGGCUUCAAAGCUUGCUUUGUCUCUGGUUUUGGUGUUUCCGCUGCCCUCCUUGGCUUGCCUGACUUUGGCUUGCUCACAACUACUGAAGUUGUUGAAACUGUAACUAGAAUUACCGCUGCUGCUCCAAGCUUAUGUGUUGUUGUUGAUGGAGACACCGGAGGUGGUGGCCCCCUCAAUGUCCAAAGGUUUAUCAAACAAUUGAUUGCCGCUGGUGCCAAGGGUGUCUUCCUAGAGGAUCAAGUAUGGCCCAAGAAGUGUGGUCACAUGCGUGGUAAGAGUGUUGUACCUGCAGAGGAGCAUGCCCUUAAAAUUGCAGCUGCAAGAGAAGCCAUUGGUGAUUCUGAUUUUUUCUUGGUAGCAAGGUCCGAUGCUAGGGCUCCCCAUGGUCUACAAGAGGCCAUUAGAAGGGCUAACCUUUACAGAGAGGCCGGAGCUGAUGCGACCUUUGUUGAGGCACCUGCAAACAUCGAAGAGUUGAAAGAGGUUGUUAGGGAUGUCAAGGGUUUGAGAAUCGCAAACAUGAUCGAAGGAGGAAAGACCCCAUUGCACACACCCGCAGAGUUCAAGGAAAUGGGAUUCCACUUGAUUGCUCAUUCACUAUCAACAAUCUAUGCUACAACCAAAGCUUUGGUUGAAAUUAUGAGGGUUCUUAAGGACAAGGGUACCACUAGGGAUGACUUGGACAAAAUUGUUACUUUCUCCGAAUUCAAUGACAUGAUUAGCUUGGAAUCAUGGUAUGAGAUGGAAUCAAAGUUCAAGAACUUCACCCCAAAAUCUUUGGAGUCCUAAGAUACAAAGGUCAUCCUAUUUAGCAUGCAUGCCAAAUUAUGGCAUUAGAAAUCAUGGAUUUGAGAUUUAAAUUCUUGAUAUUGUCACUUGUUUAGUGUUGUUUGAAAUAAUGCAUGAGUAAUGCUUGUUAGUUUGAUUAUUUAUGUGAGGUCAACAUUCACAUAAGAUGUAAUAUUUUGUUUAUUUUAGCAUUGAGUUUAUUUAUAUAAAUUUCAUGUUUAUUUAAUUUA